AAUAAAUAGGAGUUUUAAUUAAAUAAAACAAAUCAAUCUAAAAUCUCAGCUACUACCAGAGCGGCAGAGCCUUCAAUUAAGAUUACAGAACUUCAUCGCAGAUCAAGAACACUCACUCAAGGUUUUAUACAUUUUAUUAAGCAAGAUCAUGGCUAGUGAAUUUCCUGAGGUUAUGAAGCCAAUCCACUUUAUCAAGAUUAUACUUACUGAAACCCUUCAUCAAGAAAAGCUUAUGAUGCCAAUAAAGUUUGUGAAGAAAUAUGGAGAAAGUUUACCAAAUACUAUAUAUUUGAAGACUCCAAAUGGUGCAAAGUGGGAACUAAAUUUGGUAAAAAGUGAUGGCAAAAUAUGGUUUGAAAAGGGUUGGAAGGAAUUUGCAAAAUAUCAUUCUCUAGCUCAUGGUUAUCUUCUACUUUUCAGAUAUGAAAGAACUUCCAAUUUUCAGGUGCACAUCUUUGAAAAGAAUGCUUUAGAAAUAAAUUACCCCUUCCAAAGAGUUGCAACUAAAAGGGUCUCCAAUGUUCAAGAAAAUAAACCUACAAGUGGUGAAAAUUGUAGAGUAGCUCAAAAGAGAAAAGCUAACUCCUCCUUUGAAUUGCAUCACAGUGACAAAAAAUGUAAAGGGAAACAAGUGAUUACUACUCCUAUUGAAAGAGCAAAAUCGUUCAAAACAUGUAAUCCGUCCUUUGUUCUUGUCAUGGGUGCAUCAUACGUUAAAAGUCGUUUUAUUCUGACUAUACCAUCUAAGUUUGGUAAGACACACUUUGAUUUGGAUAAGAAAAGAGGAGAUAUUUAUUUUCAGGUGUUAAAUGGAAGAGUUUGGCCUGCACGGUACUCUAUAAGGAUGUGCAGUACAAGACUAAAAUUUGAACUCACAAGUGGAUGGAAGGAAUUUGCAAAGGACAAUAACUUGAAAGUUGGUGAUGCUUGCAACUUUGAGCUCAUCUCUAACACUAUACUUACCUUCAAUGUUCACAUCUUCAGACAGCCAGCCAGUGACAACACAAAUCUAUGAGUUUAAGUUCUUUUGAUUGAAGCUUAAUUAAUGUUGCAUGUUUCUAGUGCAUGUUAAUAUGCUGUUUUGUCAUUUGUUUUUAUCAUAAAAGAUGUUUGAUAUGUGUGAUAAUUGUUGUGACUAUUUGACGAAAGGUAAACCAUCUUUAUUUCAAUGAUUAGAAUUUGAGGUGCUGCGGUUUUUCAAAGCUAGGGUUAACGAUUUCGC